CCCGCUUCACGCAUGCGCGGGCGGCGGUGGCAGCAGCGAGUUGGCGCGGUGCGAGCGCGAGUGGCGGGAUGGUGCUGAACCGGGUGCGGGCGGUUUUCUUCGAUCUGGACAACACGCUCAUCGACACGGCAGGGGCGAGUAGAAAAGGCAUGUUGGAGGUGAUAAAGCUCUUACAAUCAAAAUACCAUUACAAAGAAGAGGCUGAAACCAUUUGUGACAAAGUUCAAGUUAAACUCAGCAAGGAAUGUUUUCAUCCUUCCAGUACAUGCAUUACUGACCUAAGGACUUUACACUGGGAAGAAGCAAUCCAGGAAACAAAGGGUGGUGCAGCCAAUAGGAAAUUGGCUGAAGAAUGUUAUUUCCUGUGGAAAUCUACACGUUUACAGCAUAUGAUACUAGCAGAAGAUGUUAAAGCCAUGCUCACUGAACUUCGGAAGGAGGUCCGCCUACUUUUAUUAACAAAUGGAGACCGACAGACCCAGAGGGAGAAGAUCGAGGCUUGUGCCUGCCAGUCCUAUUUUGACGCUAUCAUUGUAGGUGGAGAGCAGAAAGAAGAGAAACCAGCACCUUCCAUAUUUUAUCACGGCUGUGAUCUCCUCGGAGUACAGCCUGGGGACUGUGUGAUGGUUGGUGACACGUUAGAAACAGAUAUACAAGGAGGCCUCAAUGCAGGGCUGAAAGCAACAGUCUGGAUAAAUAAAAAUGGAAUAAUGCCACUGAAGUCAUCCCCCAUGCCACAUUAUAUAGUUUCUUCUGUGCUAGAGUUACCUGCUCUCUUACAAAGUAUAGAUUGUACAGUCAGUAUGUCAGCUUAAGGCACAUAAAAGGGCAUGAUUUUGUAUUUUUAGGGUCAAAUUACAGGUUUUGAACUAAGAAAAGUUAAGGCAUUCCAUAUACUAAGACCCAGUUCUAAGAAUAAUUUUACUUACGAUUAAUAGCCAAUCAACCACUGACUGGUAUUUAUAUCUGGAAAUCCAGAGUACCUUAAUUAAUACAAGUUACUUUUAGUAGUAUAAUCCAGAAAACUUGAGGAAAUAUAUUAUUUGUUAAUCUGUGACUUGAGGUUUUUAAAAAAUUAUUAGUCUUUUAGCAUCUUGGAUCCAUGAAGAUACCAGGCAAGAUAGCUUAUACAUGGAUGCACAAAUACAGGUUUUAUGUUGUGUCUUAAAAAUAGAUAUUUUUUUAAAAUAGAUAUUCUAAAACAUAUAUAAUAGAGAUUUAUCAGAACAAUUGGAUCUGAUUAAUAGGAAAUAAGUGCUAAGUCACAUGCCAAUCAAGGCACUCCAUAGUGAAAUUAUUUUGCAUAUUUUCUUUUUUAAAAGAUAUAUACCAUAUUUUUGCCUACUUUGAAUAUAUAUGUUCUUUUAUGAAUCCAGUUUUUCUGCAUGACCUUUUUUUGGGUGCAGGGGGGCAUUUUCCUAUGGUAUAUACGUGACAAAUAGAUUUCUCCAGUAAAAAAGCCAUUAAAACCAACAUGUGGUGCUCCUUUUCCAUGGCAGUUUCACAUCUUUCCAGAGUGCACUUGUAGGUUCUUAUUAGUCUUUACCUCUUACAGAAGUAUUUUUACAAUCUUUUCCCAGGUAUACAAUUGGGUUCAGGGGACUAGACUGCCUGGCUGGGGAUAAGUACAAGCCACAUGGCACCAAAAGUCAUUUUCCUUCUGUGGAUACCUCAGAGGUGCAGCCUAACCAUGUAGUCUCCCAUAAAUUCUCUACUGACUGAAUAGUUUCACCCAUAUGAUGAAAGCUAAUAGAAAAUUAUGUUUUGCUAUGAAAUAAUUUCAGGGUGCCAUUUUAAUAUAAUUUAAGUGGCUCUUGGUGUGAUGUCCCCUGUCUUUCAAAUUUUAGGAAAUAUAUCCUGUUUCACAGUUUCUAUAUCCAAUUCAGUGUUCACUUUGAGUUUAUUAAUUAAUGACUAAGACAUCUUGCAACUAGAAAACUUUCUAGGCCAUUAAGCUAGACAUUCUCAUGUCUUCACCAACUUGGAGUAAAAUGGUUAAGGAAAAAAAUGAUUUGGGUUGGUUUUUGGCAGGUUUUUUUUUUUUUUAACUUUUGUAUAAGAAGCUACUAAUGUAAAAUAUUAGACUGUUAGAAUAUAUAUAGCUAUGACUCCUUUAAAUAUCCUAUGAUUAUGAUACUUAGAUUCUAGAGUAUGCCUAUCCUUAACUUAUUUCUUUAGCCAGUCAUUUCCUGCCUAUUGCCAAGAACAGGAUUCUCUGCUUUUGUGCAAAUGUCCUGUUGUGUUUACUUUUCACUCUUAAUUUUUACAACUGUGAUUGUGUCCUUGACUGUCCCAGGGUGUUGUUGCUAUGAAGCUAAACAUUUGUGAACAGGGUAUGUUUGUGUAUAGUUUCAGGUAUGGUACCCAUGUGACCUUGAUUAUAUUUUAGCUAUUUAAAAAUUAUUAAAUUGGAGGAUCUAGGCAGAAAAAUAAUUGUAUGUGGUUUCUCUGAUAUAUUGAUGUGUGAUGCUGAGGGUUUGUCCUUUUAGCUAUCCCAAAGGAUGGAUGUAGGCAAUGUCACAUUCACUCUGCUAACUGGAGAAGGUUCAUUGCUUCUAGAUCAUAAUGACAGACCUCAGCAAGAUAGUUCCUAGGAUGUCAAGUGAGCAGUUCUUCAGCAAAAGUUAUGGGGUGGGGGGUGUGGCUUGUUUCCUUGUUCUUCCAGUUUGCAUUUGGUACAUGCAGUAAUGCAAUAUUGCAUUCCAUUUGCACCCUUCCUUGGAGAAAAACUUGGUGGUUUUCUACCUUCCAAGUGGAACGUUAAAGAAGAUAUUAAGAAAUCUUGGGAUAGACCUAUGAUUUUAUUAAUGUUUUUGUUUUUAGAAUAAUAUUUUUCAAGAUUAAAAAAAUGAUGUAAUAAUAGUAUCCUAUCAUCUUUAUUUUUCUCAGUUUUCCAUAGUGGUAUGCUUUACAAAGCCCUAAAUUCUUAAUUGUCCAGAGGCUAUCCCAAGCAUCAGUUAUAGAGGAAGGCCUAGAGUAGACAAAAAUGGACACUGCACCUGGAAUACUAACACAAAGAUGGAUGUUUCUGAUUCCAUAUACACAUGCAACCCACUGGUGCACAAAUAUCUUAGAUCUGAUCGUAACCAGGACCCAGUGGAUGUUCAGUAAGUAUUGUAGGAAAGGGUUUUUGUAGUUACAAAGGUACUUGGUUUAGCACUUUCAGACUUCUUUGUAACCUGCAGUAAGUUUCCAUCACCACCCAUUAAGCACAUUUAUUAAUAGUGAAUACUGGGGCACCCAAGUGCCCAGUCAGUUCAGCAUCUGCCUUCAGCUCAGGUCAUGAUCUCAAGGUCCUGAGAUGGAGUCCUGCAUUGGGCUCCCUACUCAGCGGGGAGUCUGCUUCUCCCACUGCCCCUCCCCCUGCUUGUGCUCACUCGCUCGCUCUCAUACUCUCAAAUCUAUACUGAACAUAUUAGCUACUAUAUAUUAAAUACAGUUUAAUAUAUAAUUUAUAUAUUAAAUACAGUAUUAAUAUAAAUACUAUAUGCUAAAUACAGUUUUAUAUAUUUACUAUGUAAAACUAUAUACACUAUUAUAUAGUGUAUAUAUAUAAUAUCCAGAAUGAAUAUAUAUAUAAUAUAUAUAUAUAAUAUAUAUAUAUAAUAUAGAGAGUGAAUGUGACACUGCUUACAUCCAUCCUGUGGGAUAGCUAAAAGGACAAAUGCUCAGCAUCACACAUCAAUAUAUUAGAGUAUUCUAUAUAACACUAUUACAUCAUUUUUUAAAUCUUGAAGAAGAAUAUUCUAAAAGCAAAAAACAAAAACAAUAACUGAGGCAAGUUUUAUAAAACUGCUUGCCAUACACGAUCAGUUUUUUUCACUCCACCUUUUUAAAUUAGGGAAUGUAUUCACAUUUGAACAAUUACUUUUUGUAGUACACAAGUCAAAAGAAUGAAAAGGUGAAUGGCAAAGUCUCCUCUUUCCCAGAGGUCCACCACUCCUAUAAGCCACUGCUGUGAGCAACUUCCUGUGUAUCUGCAUAUAUAGGUACAUAUGACUAUACAGAAUUCCUCUUAAUUUAGGUAGGUUUUUUAUUUCUGCUUUUCAGUUUUAGAAAAAAAAAAAAUGCUCUUGCUAAGAUACUGACUGAAAUAGAGAGUCCUAAAACUUCUGUUUAAGUCAUUCAUGUUAGGAAUGUAUACCUUUAUGGACUCUGCCAUCCACUGUCGUUCUUGUUAACAUCAUCAAUAAAAGUGAUGGUUCCCUUGA